UCUGGUCACGGAAUGAUUGAUUUUUGUUGAGAAAUUCUCCGAAAUCCCAGCUGUUCAGCUGCAGCAUCUGCAUUGCGCCUGCCUGAACUUAAUGCACUUGUGAGAAAAAUCGGUUAGGUACAUCAGUCAUCAUGUCGGCCGCAAUUGACGAAAGGGUAACUGACGAAGUAGAGGCUUUGGAAGCUAUUCUGUUGGACGAUGUCGUCGUCAAGAGAGAGGACGAUGUUCCUAAAAGCAUAGAAACGGUGGUCCACCCUUCUACAGGGGAUGAUGUCGAUCAGCAAUUCGUUUGUGUGACCCUGGAGGUCAAGUUGACAUCCAAAUAUCCUGAUAACAGUCCUGAGGUGACCCUUAGGAAUCCUAGAGGCCUCGAUGAUGAAACACUGGCCAAUAUUAAUUCACAAGUGAAGAAAAAAUUAAAGGAAUGUUUGGGGCAACCAGUAGUGUUUGAGCUUAUUGAGCUGAUACGUGAAAGCCUGACAGAGAGCAACCUGCCCAGCGGUCAGUGCGUCAUCUGCCUCUACGGCUUCACAGAGGGCGACAUUUUCAUCAAGACACAAUGCUACCACCACUUUCACAGCCACUGCCUAGCAAGCCAUCUGAUAGCCGGCAAGAAGUAUUACCAGGAGGAAAUGGAUAAGCUGCCCAAUUGGCAACAAAUGCAAGCACCACCAUAUCAGCAAACAUGCCCCGUGUGCCGCUGCCCCAUGGCUUGCGAUGUUGAAGCCCUGAAGAGAGCCCCACUGCCCGUGCAAUCCAUAACCGCUAAGCCCUUCUCCUUGACAGCCGAGUUGAAGGCAUUACAAACUAAAAUGGCAUCGCUGCUAGCGCAUCAGAUAGCCAAAGGGGGCGUGGUGGGAAUGGGAGACACGGGCCCCCCACCACUGACCAUCACAUCGCCGUCUGACAAUGAUGAGGAGUCUAAUGCGACUUCGAGCACCGCUCCAGAGCCCACGAAGCCCGAGCCGCGUCACAACGGUCAGAACGGCGCGCACGGGAACCACUCUAACGAGAACUCCACGCCCGGAUCUCCGCAGACGCGCCCUGCUUACCGCGGCCCUUACAGGGGCUUCAACCGUCGCGGCAAGCCGGGGCGGCGCUCCCGCGGCGGGCAGGCCGCCACGCGGUGACGGGGACGUCGCAAACACACGCACAGACACACACACACAUUCUGACCUACCUCUCGUGACAUCUUGUGUUUCGCCCUAACUGAAGUCCCAAUAAUUCCUAAGUUAACCCAAUUAUUUGUUAAAUGUGGGUAUGAUUUGUUAAAUGGUAAUAGAAGACUCUAUUUCUUCUUAUAAAUGCCUCUUGCUUCAGAAGAAAUAAAUGAAAUCGUUCGUUUUAAGUGGAUGGAUAUAAUCUAGUGAGUGGAUAUUUUGACCCGUCUGAAAAAAUAAGACGUGGGUUUUUGAUGCCUUUUGGAACCCUUUUGGGUUGGUGUUGGGCAAAUAAGGAGCUAAAAUAUUGGACAGGUAUAGAAUGCCAAAUGGCAUUAAGUCCGCCUGUUUUACAUUUUAUGAAAUUAAUAAAUAAACAAUUUUUUAUAAAACAUUUGAGAACGAAAAUCUAUCAAUACAUAUAUGCAGUAUAGAGUGCCAUGUUUUACCAUUUAACAGAACAUACAUUUCUUUUUUUAAUUUUGUAUUAUAGUAUAAAUAUAUUAAAAAAGUAAAAAAAAAUGUAAAGCCCAUUAAGUCUAAUCCCCACUAUUCCUAGUUUUUCUCAGUUUUUUUUUUGUCGGGGCCAGGUCUUAGACUUGGCUUCCUCCUAAUGUCAAACUAAAUUGAACAAUAACAGUAACUCAUAAAAGUUCAAUUCACUUUGAUGUUAUAAUGAAAAAAAAACGUUAUAAAAAGGACUUGUAUCCAAGCCCGUAAAAAAAUUGAAAUAAAAAUCAAAAAGAGAAUAAAAAUUGUCUGUGGUUUCUCUGUAAUCCCCGACUUUUUGCUCUUGUCGAUUUGUGCCAGCUGUCUGCCCCGCAUCUAUCCUAUUUUUCAUGUAUGUUCCCUUAGAAAAGAAAUUGCAUCGGUCGACCAAUCAGGCAAUAUUAACUUACAAUUUUAUUUUACAAUCUUCAGGCAAUCUUUCUAAAGAAAGUCUUUCUUUUUUAGAUAUCUAUUUCUCGGGUCUGCUGGAAGAGAUUUCUUUUCAAAUAAGAAUUAUUUAUGUACAACAACCGGUUCCUUGUAUAUUCGUUCCUAUAUCCACUAGUUAUUUACUUUUCUUUCCACUAGAUGGCGCUCUUGACAUUCCAGUGUAUAAUUUUUAUUUCGCUAAGAAUGUAGCGAUGUCUUUGGUCGAUUUUAGAAUUACUGUAGGAUCCCUUCAGUCUAAUGUUUGUAUUUGUUUAAUGUACAGUUGGGGUCAGAUUUAUCUAACCCCCUAUUUCGUUAAUUUAUUAAAAAAAUCUAUACAGAUGUGUCUGUCCUCCACUGUACCUAUCAGCUAUCUAUUGUGUACUUGUUGGUUUGUAUAUUACAUUACGUUGAUAUGUGUAUAGUGUGGCACAAACUAUAUAAUAAUAAAUGUUUGUUCAAUGUACGUACUCUUAGCGUAAGACACAUUUCUGUGACGGACCCUAGUCAAACUGUAGCGUUCAUGUAAUCGCAUAAACAUAAGUAUGUGUCAAAUGUCUGUAGUCUUUGGUCAACUUAUAGAUAUUUCAAAUUUUAUCGCAGAAUAUAUACGACACCAUGCGACAAUGCCACUGAAAUGAUGGUGAAAAAUCUGUGGCACACAGUAAUAGCAGAUAAAUUUUAUGUUGAUACAAUUAAAGCCAUGGAGGUCAGGUUUUUCUGAUGUUAACCGUACAUCAAUAUUUCUAAGCAAUUGAUUUCUACAUUACAUUACAUAAAAAGAAAAAUCGCUCGGAAGGUGAAAAAAUUCUAUUUCGCCUACGUCAUCGUCCACUAUAACAUCAGAAUCAACCCCACUUUUGUUUAAACAAUAAUAAAACUAAAAAUGUUUCUCUAAAAAUCUGGUUUAAAUAUAUUGAAGUUGACCAAACACUUCUGUAGAAUGUAUAACAUGAUGAUAUUUUUAGUCUUAAUCUAUUUUACUCAUUAAGAAUAUUUUACUUGUCAUUAUCUCUUUAUUGUAAGUCUUGAUAUUUCUUUUUAUAUAUAUUAUUGUUGUGAAUAUUUUCAAUUUUGUAUAAGCUUUUGAUCGAAAAUUGUAAAUGAAUUUAAGAUUAUAUUUAAAGCUAUUUGUUCCUAUCAUUAAAAUGUUUAAUUUUAUUUUACAUUUUAAUACACAUCUUAUUUCAAAACUUCAGUUUAAUUAUUUUUUGUUUUAGAAUGUAUUAUUUAUAGUCCAAAAAAAUUACUCUUCGUUUCGGUCGUUUCUAUUGUCGGUUACUAAAUUAAAAAAAUAUGAUUAUUUUUCAAAAAUAUUUCUAGUAAGUAAGAAAAAUAACUUAGGCAUAGCGGAAUCAAUGAUCUACAAUAUCUAGCUCUCUUUUGGAUUUAGUAGUACCUACAAACAUAUAGGACGGACAAUCACUCCCAUACUCCUCAACUAUCUGCCGUAAACUAUCGUUUACAUUUGCAUAAAUACAUACAAGCAGUAGUAUGUAAUAUACUUCCUUAUAUGUGUUGUCUUUGUCGCAAUCUUUGAACCAUGCAAUUGGAAGAAGGCGGAGGGACGUAUUGGUAAAAAAAUCGAAUUAGCCGCGGUAGUUAUAGAAUAUUAAUAAAACGGGGAAUUUUCUUUAAACUUCUGGGGACUGGAUUUUGGUAGUUAACUAAUGUUUCUCGGAGUUUCUCAUACCGAGAAACAUACAAUCAUCGUUUCUCCCAUAAUUCAAUGGAAACUAGUCUGGUCCAUUCGAAAAAUAAGAUAGUAUAGUAGCCAACAUACCUACCGCAAUAUCAACCCGACUAAGAAGAAAUUAAAGCUCAUUGGAGGCUUCAAAGAGAGACAAAGAGAGAGUAAUAAUAUGCCUUUUUAUCAUUGCUGAAGCUGUUCGUUACGAUCUCAAUCAAGCUCGUAAAAGACAGCAUGUUUAUGAUAUUUUACAUGCUGUUUCUGACUUCAAUAAUAUUCCAUAAUGUGAAACGCUAUUAUUUUUUGAUAUUACAAACGCUCGUAUUAUUUAUUUGAAUGACUUUUUUAGCGAUAAAAAUUUUCAUUUAUAAAAUAUGUAAUUAAGAUAAUAAUUGUAUUACAUCAAUAUUUAUUGGGCUAGCUAUUGAUAUAAGUAUAUGGAUUAAAUUUAAUGCGUAUCUUCAUUACAUAAUCUUGUCAUCAAACAAACAAAUUUACCUUAUUUCGACAUAAGUUAAAUUUUAUUAUUA